AAUCAUGAAUCUGAGUCCACCUGAAGCGAACAUGCACAAAGCGAGCGACGGCGGCUGCAUGGAGGUCAGCAAACCCGAUCAUCUGCUGCCGUGCUUCCGCAGAAGCGCAUAUGAAGAGCCUCUCGCUUCCUACCACAGCGGCUCCAUCAUCUCUCACCUCCUGCGCAGAACCAUCCACAGCAAGCUGACGUCGCUGGACAGCAGCCUCCUGUAUCUGCCGUCCACUAACGCCGACUCCGAGUCCAACACGACGGAUGAUUUUCCAGCAGAGGACCAGAGCGGCAGUGAGGAUCUGUCUGUUGGUGUAGACGCAGAGCGGCCACUUAAUGAACACCUCCAGGCCAAACGCGCCCGCGUGGAGAACAUCAUACGGGGAAUGGCAGGUUCACCAAACGCCAGGACACACGGAGAAGCGGAUAGCGACUGUAGAAAGGAGAAUAAACGCAAACAAAGGCUCCCGCAGCAUCAGGAACCCAGCAGAACCAAGUCCAGCAAAGACGAAGAGUGCCACAAACUGAAAGAGCAGCUCCAGAGCAUGCAGCGCCUGCUCCAUCAGCUCCAGGAGAAGAUCUCGCACGUCUACGAUCAAAACUAUCUGGAGAACGAAGAACUUGAUGAUGACAGGAGUGAAAACCAAACCUUUGGUUUCAGCUCGGACAGAGCGGUGAAGAGUUUCCAGGAGACUCUCAAAUGCGAGCUGAGCAGAACUGUGAGCGAAAGCAUCGAUAUGGUCUUCAAGAAGCUCUCCAAGAGUCUCCCGAAGCAGAGUCCGCCGCAGUACGCAGAAACCGAGAACGCUAACAAUCCGGACUCUCAUUCGGAGCAGUCGGAUUCUGAGGAGAUCCCCAAAAGCAGGAGCUCUUUUGAGGAUCAGACUGAAGCGUUGUCUCUUGUGGUUCGCAAGCCCUCGUUGAGUCAGGGUGUGAAACGUCCCUUUCCGCUCCACCAGACGCCGUUUCAGUUCGGCUACAGCGCUCCUCUGCACGACAGCCAGAUCCUGGAGCACCUGCUGAAGUUCGGCCCCCACUCUGCGUUUUCUGCGCUGCCCUGUUUGCCUGCAACGCUGGAGAGGGCGUCGCCGGAGUCUCUGGAUCACCCGUGGGAGAGCGUGAGGUCAAAGGUCAGCGGUGCAUCGGUGGCGGGUCACCAGCUCCAGCACCAGCGUGCAGCUCCUGCGGGAAUGCUGACCAUGGACUCGCUCUGCAUGCCGCAUGUCAAGAUGGAGGUGGCAGAUCUGCAGAGCAUGGCGGACCGCAGCUCCUACAUGGCCCUCAAUAUUCAGGAAGGUUUGACCCCGAACCAUCUGAAGAAAGCCAAGCUCAUGUUCUUCUACACGCGAUACCCCAGCUCAAACCUGCUCAAAAACUUCUUCCCUGACGUCAAGUUUAACCGCUGCAUCACGUCUCAGCUCAUCAAGUGGUUCAGUAACUUCCGGGAGUUCUACUACAUCCAGAUGGAGAAGUUUGCUCGUCAGGCCAUCAUCGACGGCGUUACCGAUGUGAAAGACAUAUCGGUCAGCAGAGAGUCCGAGCUCUUCCGCGCACUUAACAUGCACUACAACAAAGCCAACGACUUCCAGGUUCCAGACAGAUUCCUGGAGGUGGCCGAAGUCACGCUUCAGGAGUUUUACAGCGCCAUCUCCCUCUCCAAAGACUCAGACCCGUCCUGGAAGAAAGCCAUCUACAAGGUGAUCUGCAAACUAGACAGUGACGUUCCCGAGGAGUUCAAGUCUCCCUCCUACCUGUGAAGAAAGAGAGCGAGAGCGCCACCUACAGGACACUUUCCUCCACUCCUUCAUCACACAUGCUCCUUUAAUAGGUCAAUGGUCAGCUUUCUAUUCAAAUCUACAUGUGUAUUUGGUGUGUGUGUGUGUGUGUUGUUUCACAUUGUCAGUGGGAUAGGCUUGUUUAUUAAUAGUUUGCAGUUUGGGUUUCAGUGUAAUAUAUUUUCUGCUUUGUAAACCGCCGUAGACGAAUGUGUGGUGUGUUUUUAGUUCAGCAACGCUCCUCGUUUUGCAGAUUUUGUGCUUCAAUCGUGGAUUUGUCUGUUUACUUCCUGUGUUCAAAUCUAAUGACACACACAAUCAUGAUCUGUAAUAUAUUUCAAAGGAAAAGUGUAAAUAAGUAUAAUUUAGCUGUAUGAUGAACAUCGCAGGACAUCAGAUGAUGAUAUAUGAGAGCAUGUAGAAGCAUUUUCCUCAAAUCACUCUUAUUUAUCAUGUAUAGUUUGCAUAUUUUUGUUACUCAUUAUCUAGCGGCGUGUGGUUAUUCAUUUAACGAUCGAGGAUUCACAUUGUAGGAGUUUGUUUUG